AUGCCUUCUCUGCUGCAUUCUCUAACCCUCGUCUGUGCUCUCCUUGUUGUGUGCGUGAGUGCACAGUCCUCUGCGAUUGGAGACAGUCAUUGCGGCAAGGGGUACUGCCUCUCAGCCAUUUUCGACAAUGCCAAAGGCGAGAUUGGGUACACUUUGCUUGUCCCUCGCGCCUCAUCCGACUCGCCUGUCACAGGGUGGCAUGGCGUCGGGCAGGGCGAGCGAAUGGCUGGGGCCAACAUGAUGAUCUCUUGGGUUAAUGGCGAUAGCACCGUCACCACGUCGCACCGCACCACCGCCAGUGGCCACAAAGACCCUCACACGGUCACUGAUGCGGCAACAACUAGCACCGGCAACGUCAACAGCUCCUUUGUCACUGUCAACUGGUCCCUGCCUCAGUCGACGGCCCCUUCGGCCUCGAUGGCGCACAUCUAUGCUGUCUCGCCCAAGACUCCUCCGUCGGCGGAUGCUGCUGCCCAGCUGACCAUGCACUCGUCCUACGAACAAUUCACUCUCAACAUGACCAAAGUCUACGCGGAGGCGCCUUUGGCUUCGCAAGCCACCCAGACCGUCGCGAGUGCCAGCGAAGCCGAAGCACCCUCGCGCGACCUGAGCGACAAUGCUACUCGAAUCUACAUUGUCCAUAUGACCUUUAUGUUGUUUGCAUGGCUCAUUUUGGUUCCUCUGGGCGUGUUGAUUGCACGCUAUGGUCGGACGCUCUUCAGAUGGUUUCCUUCCCACCGAGGCAUCCAGCUGGCCACACUCCUCUUCGUCUUUAUCGCCUUUUUCCUUGGCAUUGCGGCAAUGUGCGUCGAAGGCGCCAAGCACCAGUUCAACCAUCUCCACCAUCAAUUAGGGUUGGCCAUCCUCAUCCUCCUCUUCGCUCAGGUCGCCCUGGGCUACUUUGCACACUCCUAUCGUGCCAAGACGGGCCAACGCUGGAUCGGCUUCCUUCAUGCGCCCCUCGGUAUCCUACUUUUCGGUCUCGCGGUGUGGAACAUUCACGAGGGUUUCCAGCUGUGGAAAUGGGACGCAGGAGAGUUGCCCAGCUACAUCGUAUACGGGUGGACGGGGCUCGUGUGCCUCCUCUACCUUGGUGGUCUAGCCUUCUUACCUCGAGAGAUACGACUUCAUCGGGAAGAGAAACUGUCACCAGCCCCCACCAAGGUACAGUGA